UGCUUUAUAUUGCAGAUGAGUAAUGAAAAUCCUUUUGUUAUACCUGAGAUGGAUCCAAAGGUUACCAAACAAAUCCAAGAAUGUAAUUGGCAAGUUGUUAAUAUCACAACUCCUGCUAAUUACUUCCAUGUUUUGCGACGCCAGAUACAUAGGGAAUUCAGAAAGCCUCUAAUUGUGAUGUCCCCUAAGAACCUUUUACGUCACAAGGAAUGCAAAUCAAAGAUAUCUGAAUUUGUAGAUGUUGAAGGAAAUGAUGAACAUCAAGAGAGUACCAAAUUUAUGCGCCUUAUAAAGGACAAGAACAACCAUUCUCAAUUGGAAGAGGGUGUUAGAAGAGUUAUUCUCUGCUCUGGAAAGGUAUAUUAUGAUCUUGAUGAAGAACGUGGAAAGAUCAAUGCAAAAGAUAUUGCAAUUUGUAGGGUUGAACAACUUUGUCCCUUUCCAUAUGAUCUCAUUCAACAAGAGUUGAAAAGAUAUCCAAGUAAGCAUCAAUUUCUUGCAAGAAAGUACAACAUUGAUUGAAGUUAUAUCUCCAUA